CCGUAAUCCGUAAACCAUUCCAUGGGACAUGCUGUAAGACUUAAGAUUUGGCCAAGGUUGUUGUCAGAUAUAUAAGGGCACGCUGACAUUUCCAUCUGCAAUUUGAAAGCUCAAGUUCCAAGGUUUGAAAGAAAAGAAAACAUGAAGACCUUGUUUGUGAUCACCAUCUGCUCUCUUGCAGCACUGGUUAUGUCCGAGAUGUGCCAUCAUAACGAUGAUUGUUCACAUGUCAUCUGUGAUAGCGGAUAUGACGUCACGUGUCAGGCCGGCCAGUGCACGUGCAAUCCGUCACAUGGUGGUGGUGGUCACGGACAUGGAUCAUGCGUAACCCAGGCCGACUGUUCAACACAGCACGCACAUUGCUCCUCAGGGUGGCAUUGUGUGGAUGGACGCUGCAUGUGCAGACAUCACUAAAAGAUAUAACAGUCAGCAAAUAGGAAAAUUUGAAGAGCAAGACGAAGAAAAUACAAUUAUGUAACAAACUAAAUAAAU